CCCCCUCGGGGGACGGCUUCCUCGGCGGCCCCUCAAGGCGGAGCCUGGGCCGGGGCCGUGGCGGUGUCCAUGUCCGUGCCGGUGCCCGCCGUGCAGAGCCAGGCCCGGCCAUGCUCCCGCCGUGCCUCCGCCCCGGGCGGCUGCUGCCGGCCCCGCCGACCCGCCCGGCCGCCACCGGAGGGGGGCCCGCCCGGGGACCCGGAGCCGGCCGCGCUGAGCAGGCUCACAAGGUGGUUGCGAGUUACAAACCCUCCAAGUUCGACAGAAAAAUCCUCCUCUGGACCGGCCGCUUCAAGAAGGAAGAAGAGAUUCCUCCAAGGAUCCCGCCAGAGAUGCUAGACAGGGCAAGGAACAAAGCUCGAGUUAAAGCUUGUUACGUCAUGAUUGGCCUUUCCAUUGUUGCCUGUUUUGCAGUGAUUGCUUCAGCAAAAAAGGCUGCUGCACGUCAUGAGUCCUUAACAAGCUGGAAUUUGGCAAAGAAGGCCAAGUGGCGGAAAGAGGCUGCGCUAGCAGCAGAGUCAAAGACGAAGUAACUUUGCGUGAGGUGCCAAAUGUUCUUGUAGAAGCAAAGUUAACUGUCAUCCAGAACAGUUAGGGAUUUCACCAAUAAAUGGGCAACUGCAGUAUUAAACACACAGGAGCUAACAAUAGUAGUUACAAGAUCACAGAUUGAGGUCUUUAUAAAAGAUACUGUACAUAUUUGUUGCAUAUGAUUAAAACCAAUAAUUAAUUUCAAAGGAGAUGAGGUAGUUUCCUAAGAAUGGAAGUUAAGGGGCUUGCCAAGUUUCCACUAUCUGCCCUAAAACCCUUCUUUCAGGCUUGAUUUUGAGCUCUGUUACACAGAUUAAAGUUCCUUACUGAAAGAUCAGUUGUAUUUUUGAAUGAAAGGUUAAAUACAGCAGAGACCAAGUAGUUCUCUCCUACAUAGAAGGGCUGAGAGUUGGGGCUGUCCCGCCUACAGAAAAGGCUCAGUGGGGACCUUAUUGCAACCUUUCAGUACUUGAAGGGGACUUACAAAAGAUGGGGAAUAACUCUUUGCUCGAUCGGGUAAUGAUAGGAUGCGGGGGAGUGGAUUUAAACUAAAAAAGGGGAGAUUUAGAUCAGGGGCUAGGAGGAAAUUCUUCACUCAGAGGGUGGUGAGGCACUGGAGCAGGUUGCCAAGUGAAGCUGUGGAUGCCGCAUCCCUGGAGGUGUUCAAGGCCAAGCUGGAGGAGGCCCUGCGCAACCUCAUCUAGUGGGUGGCAUCCCUGCCCAUGGCAGGGGGGUGGAAACUAGAUGAGCUUUGAGGUCCCUUCCAAUCCAAGCCCUUCUAUGAAAAUACUGAAAUUGCAAAAAUGAGACAUGCCAUUCUAAGUACAUAACAAAUUAAUCAGCCAGAGUAUUUCAAGUUUUAUAUACUGAAGGGAAAUUUGGGCAGGUGAGGGUAACAGAAACAGACAGGUAAUUCCAUGAUUUCUCAAGUCCUUACAAACUUCAUGAGAAUUCCCCCAAGCGGUCAGUUCUGCAUAUGAAGACAGGGAUGUGACCAUCAUACAAGUACAUGUUUAAAUAUAUUUUGUUCAUAUCUAACCAAAAAGGUUUCCGUCUGGUGGUGGUGUGUAGUUUUACAGUGUAGAAAACAGCCAUUUUGAAUUCAUUUGCCUCAAUGUUGUACUCAAAAUGGCAUUUGUGUUUUCUAGUUUAAGAAGCCGCAUUUAUUAAAACACUAAAUAAAUACAAUAAACUUCUGCAAAAUAGGUUUUAUUGUUUUCUGUAUGGUAUUUGGAGAUUUAACAUUCCAUAAUAUUGCAUACUACUCAUAUGUGUUUUGUUACAGUAAUGGGCCUUUGGCCUGGAUUUAAAGAUGCACUAUUACUAUCUGAAGUUAAUACGGGUAUUUUAGUUUUCUACACAUUAUAGGAAUAUCUUGUGCUGUAAGUAACUGAAAUAUCUCAUUUGAAAUUUCAGUGAACUCUUGAGGUCAAUGUUAGACUUUACAUGUCAAUUGGUAGACCUAUUACAAAAAUCCUCAGUUGUAAAAUUUUGUAACUUUAACUGAGAAAUAAUCAUAGAAGAAAGACAAUAGUGCAUCUUUUUUUUUUUUUAAAGACAGACCCGACAAUAAAUAUUUUCCAGUUGCAAACUUGUUCUACAGCUAACUUAUUUCUGUGCCAACAUUAUUACUAUUUUCUGAUUGCUGCUAGCAACAGUGUUUAAAGCAAAUACUAGAAAAUUAGAAAGCUGUAUGAACCAGUCCUUAGACAAAAGUGCAAUGAUGAAGAAAUUAGAUAUGAUUCAGUGUAUCAAGAGUAGGGAACUGAGAAAAAAAUCUUAUGCUUUGCAUAGUUGCAUAGAUUAGCUAGCUGGUAUUCACAUUUAAGCAGAACAAGUGGUACCCUUUUAAUACCAAGAUCCCCCAAACCAAAACCCUGGAUUCUGAAACAGACUUCAUAAAUAAUGGGGCACUUCAGUACAUCAUAAAAUGCCAAAAUACUUCCCUACCCGCCCCUGUUUUCAUCUGUUUAGGCAACACUAUCAUGUUCACAUCCCUACGUGCAAAUGACUACACCAGAGCUGACCAUAAGACAUCAUCUCUGGCUUUAUACUGUUAAUUAACGUGCUUUUAAACAAAACAU